UCGUAAAUUUUGUUUGGAUUUUCGGUUUUUUAGAGAAAAGAAAACCCAAAAAUAACUUUUAGCGGUUUUUCCGCACAUGUGAGUUGAUUCAUCGCAUUAUUGGCGGCUCGCUUUGUGACUACUAAGGACUAUUAAUAAUUAACACGUUAACAUGGACGAUCCGGCGGACGAAGCUUCUGAAAGUGAUAAAAUUGGUCCAGAAAGAGACAAAGAAGUCGACACACUGGAACAAGAGGAGGCAAUCAUGUCUGAGGCCUCCAUAAGUGAACAUAUAACCUCCGAGGGUUCAAGUGUUGAAAAUGACCGGUCAUUUCAAGAAAUCGAAAUACUUAAUCAACCGAGCAAUACAAAGUCGGUAUCGAACAUUUCUCAAGAGCCCCAACCAAAUUCCUUAGAUUUAAGCAGUUUUGAUAAUACUUUAACCAAUGGGUUACCUGACAAUACCAAUAAACCUCUUCAAGAGCCCCAUACCAGCGGUACUAACAAUGCUAAAAGCAUUUUAGAAGAGAUUUUGAAUAAUUCACAGUUUAAUUCUACUAUAGACCUUACUAAUUCUAAAGAGGACAGUUUUAAUAUGUUUGCUAACCUGGAUUUAAGUGAUAAAAGCCUUAUUAACUUGCCUGAGGCAACUUUUGACUUAAUGAAUAUGAAGGAGAGUAAAGUUAAGUUGCCAGAAGAGGUUGCCACUGUAAAAGUGCAGGACCUGGAUUCUUUUAGGGAGAUGAGCAAUCCUACAUACACUUCCAGUAUGAUUUCUGCCACUGAAUAUAGACAAUUGCAAGAGGAGUGCCAUAGUAAGUUAAUGGAAUAUAAUAGUGCCAUAAUAUAUAAAAAUGAUCUGAUACAAAAACUCAGUGAGUCCUUGGACCAGGCAGCGAACGAACGUAAAGAACUCCUUGCCCAAGUAGAAACUUUCAAGGAGGAAAUCGCUCAAUUACAAAAUACCGUAAGAGAAACCUCAAAAAUGGUGGAGGAACAUCAAUGUGAUACUCAAAAUGGAGAGGCAACAAAGCUCCAUGAAGAACUCGUAGAAUUAAAGGAAAAAAUGGUCCAAAAUAAAGAAGAAUAUGAGACUGAACUAACUAGGCUAAGGAACUUAUUGGAGAAUAUCAAAUGUGGGUCUACAGAACUAAUGGACUUAAAGGAGGAACUGGAGAGGAAACAUACCACAGAAGUGGAGGAGUUAAGGACGUAUUUUGAGAAGAAGUGUGUGGAGUUGGAAAAGAACUAUUCAGAAGAAAUAUUCAGUCAACAAAGUAGAAAAAUGUCUGGUACGAGUUCAGAGGCGGACUUGAGCGGGGAUUUUCUACUGUCGAGCCAACCAGGGCCGGGGGGCGACUGUGAAACGAACAUUUUCAAUACCAAAGAGGACGUGGAACGGUUUAAAGAAAUUCUCGCCAAUUUCUCGCAGAAAUUAGCGAAACAUUGUUUGGAGGAUAUCGGCGAUAAGGGGCUGCGGAACAUCGAAAUCGAAGUGCGCACUGAGUUAAACGGUUUGUUGAAGAUCGGGGAGAAGUUGGAGGUGAGGGCCAUCGAAAAUAAAUACUUGGAGGAGAUCUCCGAUUUGAGGUUUCAGCUGGACGAGGUGAGGAGGAGUGGGGUUUGUGUGGUUAGGUCUACGGUGCAAGAAGUGGCCAAUUCCGGAGAUUUCGAGCUAACCGAACUGGUGGAGAGCUACGAGAGACGCUUACAGCAACAAAUCCAUUUGGCCAAAUUCGACCUAAUUAACGAGCUAGAAUCCCAAAUUCAGAGGUUAGCCUCAAGUGAGACCGAUAUAGACGAAGACUGGCCCUCCGAACUUUUACAACUCAGAGACAAAUUCGCUGACAAAUACAAGAAGGAAAUUGAAGAAUUGCAGGAGAAACACAACAACGAACUCACAAAGUUGAAGGAUGAACACUUAAAAAUCUUAAAUGGGGCACUGGAAAGGGCUCGCAGAAGGAGCUUGAAGGACGGGGACAGUUUGAGUAAGAGCGAGAUCGAGAUACUCAAAGAAAGAGACUCCCUAAAACGCCAAGUGGUCUCCCUACGUAACCUCUUGACCGAACUGGUUCAAUACUUCGCCCAGGCCGAAGACGAACUGAACAACACCCUGGUGGACAACCUGCUGAACCGUAACUCCUGCACGGACCCGAUUAUAGAGGAUGACGUCAAUUUGGACGCGUCCAGCGGCGCUACGACCAACUCCAGUCGCGUCUUCGACAGUUUCAAUAAGACUCGGGUCCAUUUGGCGCCGAAUUUCGGGGAUUUGAUCGAUAUGGUGGAGCAUCACAGUCACAACGAGUCGCUGGACAUCUCGGUCGAUCUGAAGAACGAGUUAGGAAUGCGUCUGGAGCAGCUCAGACAGGAGGCGAACGCGGUUUUGGCGUUGACUCAGAAGGAUCAGAAAGAGGGUGUUAAUUUGGCGAUGCAGAAGGAGAAUGGAGAGGAGGAGGUGUUGAGUGGACAGUUGGUGUUGGAGAGGGAGCAGCGUGAGAGGUUACAAUCCGAGCUGGCCGAGUCAAACGCCCUCAUAACCUCCCUGGAAAAGGAAAAAGAGGCCCUGGAGCAAAGACUUGACGACCUCCUGGAUAAAAUUGGCAUGUUAGAGGCGGACCUGGAACAAUCCAGGUACAAGAUCUCCGAGCUGGUGGAGAGCGGCAGAAGGAGCGAAGUGGUUUCGGAGGGUUACGGGGAAGAGGGACAACCCACUUUGGGAGGACUCGAAGAUACCAUGAAGACCCUCUCAGAACUGCAAGAAAAGGCGAGAACCAUGUUGGCUCAUACGAGAAGCAGUGCUGAUCCCAACGUGUUACAACUUAUAGAGGAACUGUGUCGCGUUGGGGAAAAGAUUAAGGAGGAAGCCAAUAGGGAAUCGCAGGAUCUUCUGCAGCAGAUUGACGUGGCGGACAAAAAAUACAAAACCACCCAGCAGUUCUUGGAGGAGCAGGCGGCUGAACGGGAGCAAGAGAGAGACGAAGCGCAGAGGAAGAUUGAUAAAUUGUAUGAGCAGCUGAAGGAGAGGGACAAGGACAGGGCGAAUUGCGAGGUGAUGUCCUGUGAGCCUGGUCAGCAUCGUGUGAAGUUUAGCGGUAGGCAGCUUGACGUAGACGCUUCACAGGCGGAACAGUUGGAGCAACAAAUCCAAGAGUUGACCAACCUCCUUACCGAGCAGCAACGCACCAAUACGACCCUCAAAGAGGAACUGGAGGAGGCCGUGGAGAAGUUGAAGAUCUUCCGAGACAUCAUCCAGGAGUUGGAGCAAAGGGGCGAGGCCAAAGACCGGGAGGUGGAGCAGCUGCUCCGUAACGUGGAAAAACUCGAAUGUAUUGUCCGACAGCAAAACCUCUCUCUGGACGAAACUAAGUUUAAUCAUUCAUUGGGUGGUGUUACAGAUAUCCGGGAGUUGAGAAGGAGGUGUGAGGAGCUUGAGGAGGAGGUGCAAAAGUUGCGUAUUGGGGCCGAGUUGGCUGGAAGUGAGGGAGCUCUCAAGCAAAUCAAUCUUCAACUGCUGGAAAUCGAGACGAACUUGGAUAAGAAAACCAAAGAGUUAGAGCUGUUGCACUCCACAGGGACCAAUUGCAGUUCACCAUCAGAAGACAUGUCUGUAAGGGACUUGGUUCAACCUCAAACGCUCCAGGACGACUGCGAGAUCCCGCUCCAGCAACUCGCCCGCCUCAAAGAGAAACUGAUGCGUCACUCUCGUGCAGAAGAAGCGGCGAUAAAGCGGAUCCGCGACCUCGAGAUGCAGGUGGACAACCUGAAAACCGACCUGGAGGAGGCGACCAACGAGAAGGAUUUCCUGAAGAAGCAGACGCACGAGCAGCUGGUGCUGAUCAGCGAUUUCCAGAUACGGUUGGACGAGCAGCGGGUCAAGGCGGAAUUUAUCGAGAAACAGACCAACACGUCCCUGGAGAUAAGGAUCCACGAGUUGCAGAGUGAGAAUUUCGAGUUGCAAGAUAAGCUGAAAAACAAGGACAAGCUGGUGCAGCACCAAGAGAAAGUCAUAAAAGAAACCCAACAAAGAGUCCUGGACCUGGAGCGAGAAAUCGCUUCCGGAAAAGACGACGACGUCAUCAUCGAAAUGCAAAAAGAUUUGGACGCGUUACGUCACGAAAACGCCCUGUUAAAAACCCGCGCGUCAACCGACAACCAGAUCCUACCCAACCUGGUGGAGAACAUUAUCCAGGACAAGAAUAACGAACUGGAUAAACUGCGAGAGAAACUCACCAACACGGAAAAACUACUGUACAAUUACACCUCGUUGAACCUGGACAAAUCGGACCUUAAAACGCUCGCGAACUUGAAAAAUUCCGGCGGCUCUAUCGAGCAUCUGAUCUCGAUUUUGGAUCUGAGCCGGCCGGAGCAGAUCAGAAAGUACGAGCGGAGCAGAAACGCGGAUCUGAGCAUAGCGGGGCACCCGUUAGGGUUCAAGAGGAGCGAGGAAACGCAGUUUUUGGGUAGCGGCUCGGAACAGGAGAUUUCCGAGAUCGAGCGUGUGGGACCGUCGAAUUUGAAUUAUACUUGUGUGGCACCUUUGGGCAAACCAAACUCCACCGAACUGGGCCACAAAUCAACGGAGAAACGGGUCCAUUUCGAAGACACCGUGAACGCGGAAAAACUACUCGGUGAAAUCGAAACUUUACGACGGGAAAUCGACCUUAGGGACCAACAAAUCCUCGAACUACAAACGAAACUGAAAAUCCUGAACGAGUUUGAAAACAACAUAACGGACCUACAGGGCCGCCUGGAUAAAACCGAGGAGGCGCUGACGAAAACAACUGACGUCUUCAAACAAGAACAGCGCGAUUCUAUUGAAAAAGAACAGAAGAUGGCCGUGGAGUUGGCGGGGAAAAACGUGCAAUUAAACGAGUUAGAAAAGGAGGUGCAAACGUUAAGGGAAGACUCGGUGCGGAAGGAUAAAAUGUACUUUAACUUGGCCAAAGAAAAACGCGAUUUAGAGCAAAAGUUUGAGGCAGAACUAAAAGAGAAAGGCGAGGCCUUAGAGCGGCAAAUAGUCGAACUGCGGGAAUCUGAAGAGAAAAUGGCUGUAGCCCUACAGAAAGUUGAGCGAUUAGAGCAAGACAACGCCCGGCUCAAGAAUAACCUUACUGCAAGCGACGAAGAAAAUUCCAAAUUAAGAAAGGAAUUCGAGAACUACGCUUCUCAAGCUUCUAUGGAACUCGAGCAGCUUAGGCAGGACAUAACCGAUAAAGAAAACGCCCUAAAGAGCCUUAAAAAAGAACUCUUAGACAAAGAAAUCAUCAUAAACGCCCUAAAGGACGAGAUGAAGAAAAAGGACGCCUUAGUAAUAGACAAGGACUGCGACCUGGAAAUCAUGAACGAGGACCUCAAGUACUACCAGAACCACCUGACGGAGAUGGAAAAUAAGUUGAAAUCUAUUGAGGAGGGUGAUAAACGGCAAGAGGAGAAACUGCGCGUGUCUGAACUGACGAAAGAGUUGGCGAAGGCGCAGGAAUUGGCCAGAGAGAGAGAGCGAGUGAUCGCCCAGAUGGUGGAGGACUAUAACCAGGUGCAAUCGAACAUGAAAGUUAUUAACACGAAAAUGAAGGAGACCGGGAAUGUUGUGGAUUUGUCCAAUAGGUUAAAAGCGGAACAAAAAAAGACCGCAGACCUCCACGUGGAAAUCCAAACAUUAAAAGCGAGCCUGAUGAACUACGAACUGGCAAACGCCGCCCCAGUGGACGCGAUCACCGGCCAACUGAAACGGGAACUGGAGUGCGCGGCUCAGAUCGACUCGAACAUACUGAGCGCCAUUAGCGAUCAGAGUCUGAGCUCCAUUUCUGAGGGACACGACGUCGAAGUUUACAUGAAAUCCUUAUCGAGACAAAAGAGCCAAAAUAAGCAACUGUUAAGGCAAAUAGACCAAAUUGAGAAGCAAAAGUUAACUUUAGAGCAGCAAUUUAACGUGUUACAGCAGAAACUUAUCCAGUUACAAAACUACUUAGAAAAAGAGAAAAUGGCCAGCAAACAAGCCUUAAUUGAGGAUGCCAAACUGAUAGAACAACUGAGGAUCCAACUAGAUGGCGCUCUAGACUACAGAGAACACUUGGAAAAGCUCCUGGAACAAGAAAAACUCGCCAAAAAAGCCUUAGAGCUUCAAUGUGAAGAUUUAAAAAAACCCUGCAGCAGUUCGGAAUCCACCAAAUACAAAUCACUGCCCAGCCAAAACGCUUUGGAGUUAACCCAGUUGAAAAAAGAGCUGGAGCAAGUGAAACUGGAAAAGGAGGAAUUAUUAAGAGAAAUUAAAGGUCUGAGGCAACGCAACGGACAGUUGGAGAGUAACGUGAAAUACACCAAAGAGAUGCUGGAUUUAUCGGAAGAGAGAAACAGAAAUCAGGAGGAGAAGUUCAGGGUAUUGAGCGAGAAAGAGAGAAGUUUAAGUGAGGAGCUUUUCAGGAGGAAAUUCGAGUUGGAGCUGAAGGGUCGGGAGUUGGAGGAGAAAAAAGUGAGAGUGGACGAAUUGGAACAAGAGAAAUCCCUACUAAAAAAGCAAAAAUCCGACUUAUUAAAAGCUCUAAAAUCCCAAAGUGCCGCGAUACCCUCGCAGGAAAACGCGAUCAUUCCAGAAACCCUAGAAAAAGUGAUACAAGAGUUGAAAAGUACCUCGGAGGACAACAAGCGAAAACUGGAGUAUAUCGAACGGAUCGAGAGCGAAAAACGGCUUCUAGAACAACAAUUGAGGAACGAAAUGAGGAGUAACGUGAACGAUAAUGUGCCUUUUGCCGAUUUAGUUGCCAGGUGCAACUACUUGUUUGCCAAAGCCCUAAAGUUAGAAAGUGUGAAAAAAGCCCUCGUGUGGCAGAAGCGGUAUUUGGUGGAUUUCCUGCAGAGCCACCAGAGGCACUGCCUCAUUGAGGUGCUGCCCAGUCAGCCCCAUGUGAAUUACUGUUUGAGGAGGAGGCAUUCACCUUUGCAACAUUUUAGAGCGGCCGUUUGCGCAGUAAUAGCGAUCGAACGGAUGAAAUUCCUGGUGCGCAGAUGGCACACGGGCAUGCGCAAAUACGAGCGCAUAAACGCCCGCCAUUUCCAACGCUCUAGAGAGAAAUAUUUGCAAGAAAACCCGGGCGGGGGCGCCACCAUAACCACAGCCAAUUUCCAGGUGGGACAACCGGUGUCCACUCAGAAUUUUUCACCCAAUCCUUUUAGGACGAACCACUCGAAUCCCUUUCAUAGGGACGCUUUGGCAGAGGACUCCAGACCGGAUUCGCCGGCUUUUAGUGUGGCCUCGGCCAUUAGAGACGCCCCCUGGUCCGGACAUUCACCGCCGUGCAAAGAAAACGACCGAAAUAAGCCUUUUGGGCUGCAGCACUUGGGAAACAUUCCAGCACUCCAGGCCCCGCAGCUCCUAAGUCAGCUACACGAACGGGUGGAGCUGAUACAAGAGAAGCUUAAUUUACCUUUUACAGCUGACCAUACUUAAAUUCAUCAGUUCCGUGUUUUUUUUUGACACAUUCUGAUGGGUAUACAGAACCAAUAAUAAUAAUAAUAACUUAAACUUCAGUAUUACUUUCUGUGAAAGCUGAUUUGCUCAUAAGCUAGACUGUAGGAAAAACGACUAUAUGAGACCUAUGUGUGAUUUAGUUAACUACUUUAUUUGUUCAUAGACGUUUCUGCUUUAAUUAAGUCAUCUUCAAGAUGAUCCAAGUUAUUUAAUGGUUAAAUUAGGGCAGAAAUGUCCUCAACUAGUGUAUAUUACUGUUAAAAAUAAUUUUAUUUCUAAUUAAGUACUGUGUGCCUUUGCAUGCCUUCAAAGCGAACAUAAGUGUCCUUGGAUGACCUAAGACUAGAUUUUUAAGAAAUAAUGCUAUUGAACCAUAAAUAUAAGAAUUUAGAAAAUAAUUUGUUAAGGGAGUUUACUAUAUAGAUUAUAUCGGUUGUUUCUAUGCAUAUAUUUGAUUUUUGGCUCAUAAAAGUUGUUUUGAAUAAAAA